AUGAAUGGAACCGAUACCCUGAAUUCCACCGGCAGCUCACAGGCUCACAAGAGGCGCCAGCACUACAGCAAGCAUAAAAACCAAGGGGCCGGUGGGGUGCACCGCAGCCCCAGGGCUCUUUUCUGUUUGUACCUCAACAACCCCAUUCGAAGGGCCUGCAUCAGCAUUGUGGAGUGGAAACCUUUUGAUAUCCUUAUCCUCAUGACUAUCUUUGCCAACUGUGUGGCGCUGGGUGUCUACAUCCCUUUUCCUGAAGAUGACUCCAACAUAGCCAACCACAACCUGGAACAAGUGGAAUACAUCUUCCUCAUCAUCUUCACUGUGGAAAGUUUCCUGAAGAUCAUCGCCUAUGGACUGGUCCUGCACCCCAGUGCCUAUAUCAGGAAUGGCUGGAACCUGCUGGAUUUCGUCAUUGUGGUUAUAGGGCUCUUCAGUGUUAUUCUGGAACAGUUUUCUCAUAAACAAGGAGAUGCUCAUCACAUGAGCGGGAAGCCCGGUGGGUUUGAUGUGAAGGCGCUAAGAGCAUUUCGUGUACUGAGACCCCUGCGACUUGUAUCUGGUGUCCCAAGUCUACACAUUGUACUGAAUUCUAUCAUGAAGGCAAUGGUCCCUUUACUGCACAUUGCUCUUCUCGUCUUGUUUGUCAUCAUUAUUUACGCCAUCAUUGGACUGGAACUCUUUAUUGGCCGCAUGCACAAAACCUGCUUUUACAUCGGGAUAGACCUGGUCUCAGAGGAAGAGCCGGCGCCCUGCGCUUUCUCCGGCCACGGAAGGGAAUGCAAUUUGAAUACCACAGAGUGCCGCGGGAAGUGGGAGGGACCCAACGGUGGCAUCACCAACUUCGACAAUUUCUUUUUCGCCAUGUUGACCGUGUUCCAGUGCAUCACCAUGGAGGGCUGGACAGAUGUUCUCUACUGGAUGCAGGACGCCAUGGGCUACGAGCUCCCCUGGGUUUACUUUGUCAGCUUGGUUAUCUUCGGAUCCUUCUUUGUCCUAAACCUUGUGUUGGGUGUCUUGAGCGGCGAGUUCUCCAAGGAGAGAGAGAAGGCCAAAGCCCGCGGCGACUUCCAGAAGCUGAGGGAGAAGCAGCAGAUGGAGGAAGAUCUGAUGGGUUAUCUAGACUGGAUCACCCAAGCUGAGGACAUCGAGCCAGAAGGAGACGACCGAGAAGAAAGACACAACCGCGUCACGUUGGCUGAUCUGACGAGCAGGAGGAAGGGAAAGCUCCAGUGGUUAAUGCAUCCUAACCAUUCCUCAGAAAACCACACCAGCCUUCCUGCCAGCGAGACCGCCUCAAUCAACACCGAGAAUAUAGAUGACGAGCACAGCAACUGCUGCACCCUGUGCAUGAGUAAGUUGUCACAGACCGGCUGCUGCCGUAGCGUGAGGAGAUGGAACCGAACCUUCCGGAGGAAAUGUCGCCUGGCUGUUAAAUCUGUCCCCUUCUACUGGGUGGUUCUGAUCCUGGUCUUCCUGAACACACUGACAAUAGCCUCCGAGCACUACCGGCAACCGGAAUGGCUGACGCAGAUACAAGAUUAUGCCCAGCAAUUUCUACCGUUUCUUCUUCCCAUUAUCUUACAUUUACCAUUUUUUUCUCUCUUCACCGUGGAAAUGCUUCUGAAGUUAUACAGUCUGGGUUUCCACGCCUAUUUCAUGUCAUUCUUCAAUCGCUUUGACUGCUUUGUGGUGUGCGGGGGGAUUUUGGAGACAGUCCUGGUGGAGUUCCACAUCAUGUCGCCUCUGGGGAUCUCUGUCCUGCGCUGCGUCCGCCUCCUCAGGAUCUUCAAGGUCACCAGACACUGGGCAUCGCUAAGUAACCUGGUCGCCUCCCUGCUGAACUCCAUGAAAUCCAUUGCUUCUUUACUGCUGCUUCUCUUCCUCUUCAUCAUCAUCUUCUCCUUGCUUGGGAUGCAGCUCUUCGGAGGGAAAUUCAACUUCGACGAGACCCAGACCAAAAGGAGCACUUUUGACACGUUCCCCCAGGCGCUGCUCACCGUCUUCCAGAUCCUUACAGGAGAGGACUGGAAUGCAGUGAUGUACGAUGGGAUCAUGGCCUAUGGGGGACCAUUUUUUCCUGGAAUGCUGGUCUGUAUAUAUUUCAUCAUCCUCUUCAUUUGUGGAAACUAUAUCCUACUGAACGUCUUCUUGGCUAUCGCCGUGGACAAUUUGGCUGACGCUGACAAUAUUAACAGUAAAGACAAAAAGUGAGAAGGGAAUUCUUAUGAUCAACGCAAAAUAACCCCAUUGUGGAAAGACCACAGGGAGUAUCUGAGAGGGGAUUUCCCUCACCCCCUGCUGGGGCUCCAGGACGGGGGAGGGAAGAAAUCUGGGAAAAAAGAAGACAGCUCUGUGAAGGUCCCCUGUGAGGAGGAAGACAAUGAGGAAGAAGAGGGAAGUGAAGAGUCUGAGGAGGAGGAGGAGGAAGACGAGGAAGGAAGCCUCCCGGACUCCCAUCUGGAUAAAUUGGCAGAGUUUGCCCCAAAGGAGAAAGUUCUUCCGAUCCCAGAGGGUAGCGCCUUCUUCAUUCUCAGCAACACCAACUGCCUCCGAGUUGGGUGUCAUCGACUGAUACAUCAUCACAUUUUUACCAACCUCAUCCUGGUCUUCAUUAUCCUCAGCAGCAUCUCUCUGGCAGCAGAGGAUCCCAUUCGCGCCCACUCCUUUCGAAACCAUAUUUUGGGCUAUUUUGAUUAUGCGUUUACCUCUAUCUUUACCGUAGAGAUCCUGCUUAAGAUGACGGCAUAUGGCGCCUUUUUGCACAAAGGCUCCUUCUGCAGGAACUGGUUCAACCUCCUGGACCUCCUUGUUGUUAGCGUCUCUCUCAUCUCCUUCGGGAUACACUCGAGCGCGAUCUCCGUGGUAAAGAUUCUCCGUGUGCUGAGAGUGCUGCGUCCACUGAGGGCCAUUAACCGAGCCAAGGGGCUGAAGCAUGUGGUCCAGUGCGUGUUUGUUGCUAUCCGGACGAUCGGUAACAUUAUGAUAGUCACCACUCUCCUCCAGUUCAUGUUCGCCUGUAUCGGGGUUCAACUUUUCAAGGGGAAAUUCUUCAGCUGCACUGAUGAGGCGAAGCACAGACCUGGGGAAUGCAAGGGCACAUUCAUUGUAUACAAGGAGGGAGAUGUCACUCAUCCGAUGGUACGAGAAAGAAUCUGGCACAACAGCGAAUUCAGCUUUGACAACGUCCUGUCAGGAAUGAUGGCGCUCUUUACUGUGUCUACUUUUGAAGGCUGGCCAUCGCUCCUGUAUAAGGCCAUCGACGCCAAUGGGGAAAACGUGGGGCCUAUUUACAAUUACCGCGUGGAGAUUUCCAUCUUUUUCAUCGUCUACAUCAUCAUCAUCGCAUUCUUCAUGAUGAAUAUCUUCGUAGGUUUCGUCAUCAUCACUUUCCGGGCCCAGGGCGAGCAAGAGUACAAGAACUGCGAGCUGGACAAGAACCAGCGUCAGUGUGUGGAGUACGCCUUGAAGGCACAGCCUCUGCGUAGAUACAUCCCCAAGGCCAAAUACCAGUACAAAGUGUGGUACAUGGUCAACUCCACCGGCUUCGAGUACAUCAUGUUUGUGCUCAUCCUUCUCAACACUAUUGCCCUGGCAAUGCAGCAUUAUGAGCAAUCCCAGCCAUUUAAUUACGCCAUGGAUAUCCUGAAUAUGGUCUUCACAGGACUGUUUACAGUGGAGAUGGUGCUGAAACUCAUCGCAUUCAGGCCGAAGCAUUAUUUCUGUGACGCCUGGAACACGUUCGAUGCUCUCAUCGUGGUGGGGAGCCUGGUGGACAUCGCCGUCACCGAAGUCAAUAAUGGAUGGCAUGUUGGGGAGAGCUCAGAAGACAGUUCCCGGAUCUCCAUCACCUUCUUCCGACUCUUCCGUGUCAUGCGCUUGGUGAAACUCUUGAGUAAAGGGGAAGGUAUCCGAACGCUGCUGUGGACCUUCAUUAAGUCCUUCCAGGCUUUGCCUUACGUUGCUCUCUUGAUUGCGAUGAUAUUUUUUAUCUACGCCGUCAUCGGCAUGCAGACGUUCGGCAAAAUCGCCAUGCAGGACGGAACUCAGAUCAACCGGAAUAACAACUUUCAAACCUUCCCCCAGGCUGUGCUGCUGCUAUUCAGGUGUGCCACGGGGGAGGCCUGGCAAGAGAUCAUGUUGGCCAGCUUGCCCGGCAAGAGAUGCGACAGCGAAUCUGACUUCGCCCCAGAGGAAGAGUUCACCUGCGGGAGCAACUUCGCCAUCGUGUAUUUCAUCAGCUUUUUCAUGCUUUGCGCCUUUCUGAUUAUUAACUUGUUUGUGGCCGUCAUUAUGGAUAACUUCGAUUAUCUGACAAGGGAUUGGUCUAUUCUGGGCCCCCAUCAUUUGGAUGAAUUCAAAAGGAUCUGGUCCGAAUAUGACCCCGAGGCCAACAUUGUAUCUGCUCUCUUCCAGCAUUGUAUCUGCUCUCUUCCAGCAUUGUAUCUGCUCUCUUCCAGCAUUGUAUCUGCUCUCUUCCUACAGAAAAGGAAAAAGAGUUUUUAA